AGAAAAAGCAAUCUUUUGUCGAGCUGACCGAGGAGGAGAAACUGGAGCAGCUGGAGCUUGAAACAGAGGCAUUUUCCUCUCUGCAAGAGGGGGUCGGCGAAACCACGGGCCUGUCCGCAACCAACGCGCUGAUGGUCGUGCACCCGACGAGAUUGCGCUCCUUUGUGCUGGAGUGCCGGCGACUGGACCGGUUGCUGGAAGAUUUGAAGUACCGCACGGGGGAAAUGAAGAAGGUCCAGGAGGUAUUGUGAGUAAAAACAGUCUUGCCACGACCCCCAAGUUGUCAUGCGAUUGCGCAUGACUAAAAUGCUUCUCAUGCGCAGCCCCACGAGGAGCAAGAUCAUAAUGCUCGUACCCGUGGGAGCUUGCUUGUCAUGCUGCAAUCAGCAUAAGAUGAUCGAUUUGUGAAGAUGCGGCUUGCCAGGCUAAACACCAGUGUAAGAGGACUGCGAGUCCGAAGUAGAGCCUUUCAUGCACAACAGCCAAAUGAACUUAUUGAUUUGUAUAGCGAAGCGUUAAGUCCAUCUUCUUGACGCUUGACUCGUGUGGGCCCCGUUUUUACACAGGAUAGGAGGAGAAAGCGAAAACAGGGGAGGAGCAGAAGAGCUUUACAGUCGUUGACCACCACCUGGACCAGGCGGGAAAGAAGCAAGGUGAGCUGUGUAUCACACAGAUGAAAAAAGCUAGCACAUCACAUUUGUACAAUUGUGCAAAAAUAAGUACAGCAGCGCAGACACGACGUACUCUGUUACGGACGAGCUUCCCGUGAUAUGGUUUAUUUGUAGCAUGCGCAUAGAACACUGGUGGUUUUUGUGUGCUGAUUUGUAGUUUUUGCAAUGCAAGAACUAUGCCGCGCUACUAGCUUUUAUCUCUGGGUCGAUACUGUGGAGGGACUCUGUGAAGCACUGGGCGGAUAAAGCGAUGGAGUUUCGGACCCAGAUGUUGCAGGACAUGGGCCAGACGUUCGAUAAGUUAAAGAACCUCCCCCCACCCAAAGCCGCCGCGGUCGACGAGGCGGCAAAAGACUGGCCGGCGGAGGAGCCGCCCGUGCCGAACGAAAAGAAAGCUCCGGCCAGGUUUGUGCGGAUAAAGUCCGGCACGUUCACCACUUCAAUCGAGCCGAAAAACAUCGGAAUCGAGGCGCUGCGGCUGCUAGACCGGUUGCACGAGCUGGGGCGCGCGUGGCGGGCGCACAACCCCGUGGGGUUCGAAACUUCCGUUGACAGCACGACCUCGGUCGGCGGCGCCUUCUACAAUUUGAAGCAGGGCCUGCGGCGGCAGACCGGCAACACGAUGGCGCUCGCGGUGCCGGACUUGACGGUGGAUGCGCUCCAGUCCUACUGGAACGGCCACGCCCCGAAGAAAGCGGACCAGACCCCCGCGGACAAGGACGUGGAGGGCUGGGUGGGGGCCAGCGGCACGAGCGCAAGCGCCACCGAGCUGGGGAAAAAAGCGACCGCGAUUGACGCAAAGUGGAAGGAAAUUAGCAAGUGGACCUUUGACCACGCGCAAGCCGCGUACAACGACUUGGUGGAACUGAGCAACGACGACACAAAAAAGCUGCAAGCGGUGUUUAUCAAAUGCAAAUAUCUUGUUCGAUGGUCUGGGUCGGGAAGAUUGCAUAAGACUUGUCGGGCAGGUUUAUUUCGAUGAGCCGUCCUCAGGUCGUGUGGCAUGUAGGACGUAGCAUGACAGAUCACUCUGUGAGAUCUGUAUCAUGCCCCUCCUCCAUGAGAAACUUUGUCUAAACUCAGUCGAAAGUGGACGACUAUAGUUGGCACACUCCUAAAGCACAGAUUUUUGCACGACCCAGAGGACUUAGCAUGACAGGUUGCAAUGUAAUAUUUCCAGACCCAGAUCGAUAUUUGCGUUUGAUAGUGUUGGCCGGCGUGCAAAAAGCGAAGGAAACCAGGUCUAGCUUCUUCGGCACCGCCAUUGACAUUGACAGCAUCGUGAAACGGAAGGCCGCGCUGGACGAAUAUCAAAUGCAAAUAUGUCUCGGUCUGGAAAGAUGCAAGGUUUGUCAUGCUUGUCUGGCAUGACUGAUGCGUGUCCAAGACGAGAUUCUUUUGCUUGUCAUGCAAAAAGCAGUUGGUCAUGCUGAAAGCGCAACACUAUGCCGCGCAGAUAUUUCUCAUGCUUGGCCGUGCAUUACAGAGAGUUCACUAUUCACAACUCAGCAUUACAAGUUUCCAGACCCAGACAACAUAUUUGCAUUUGAUAACGAACUGGAGAAAACAAUGCGGACCCCCCGGCUGGACGAGCUGAAAACCAUGAAACAGUUCGGUUUGAUAUCCUGAGCAAAAACGAUCCCACCCCAUAGUCAAAAUGGGAAAUCUGCUACACAAAUUGGCCAGCUUUGGUUGUUGCGCAUGACAAGUUUGGCUUUGCAGUGUAGUCCUGUUUAGCUUGUUCAGUAGCGUCACAGCUCUAGCCUAUUAUGCAGAUUGGAGCACUACAAACCCGAAAACACAGCUAGGGCAUGCGUGUCGUGGGGCUCCGCAUAAGAAACAUCUUGAGCAUGCAGAUACGCACGAAUGGUCCAGCCUCCCCUGUCCGGGUGGGGUUGCGGCUUAAGGGAGAGUCUCGCCCCUUAGCCCAAAGGGGUUACGUCGUCUCUUCCGUGAGAACAAAAACUUAUGGCGUAAAAUGGGUCGGGUCCUGGAUCGUUCUGUAUGUUGGGCUGUCGCGCUCGGCUAGCUGGCUGGGCUGUACUGAUCAGGUGUGGUGGGUAGCUCCCGACUGGUUGGCACUUUUCUUGGGGCGACUUGCCGUGGUAGCGCUCGGCUAUUGUAUGAUGAGGUCGCCGAAAGUGCUUCCUCGCCCACCCCCCGGGGAGGGGAUCCUUGACCUGUGGCGCUGGGAGCGGGUGUCCACAUCAUGAUGAUGAUGACGCACGACAGCUAUGGAGUGGGGACGUUUUUACAUAGCAGAUUUGAUCACUUCUGCGGAGGCCGAGGCUUUUUUCGACCGUUUCCAGGACGUUUUUCUCGGGAAGGACUUUCUCGAUUAUCGCACCACCGUUGCGGGUAGCUACACCGCCGACAGCGGCCAGCGAAUGGAGAAGUUUUAUGCCCGGCCGACCUACGUAGCCACCUACCCCGCGACGCAGGUGCCGAAGCAGAUGCUGCUCGUGGGAACGGGGUACGGGAAGGGUGGGCAGGAAACCGGAAACGCGCUCAUGAAGCUGGGGAGGAAGUUGCUAGCCACCAGCACGGAAUUAGAAGGCGAGCCGGUCUAUCCCUAGCGAGAACGUCCUCACUUCAUCAUCUCCCGAGUCAACUACAGCGUGAAACUUUUCUUGCUACACAAAUCAACAACUUUUGGCUGUUGCGCACGACGCAAUCCAAUCUUCUUGUCCAGCUGUAGCAGUCGCAUCGCAAAUCUAUCCUCUUUUAUAUCCUGAUUCUAGCAUGAGAACAAGCUCCUCUGAGACAUAGCACAAUACAAAUUUCUUGUCCUGUUGUGGCUGCGCAUGAGAAACAUUUUAGUUGUGCAGUGAUUUGCAUGCCUCCAUUGGGGACGUUUUUACUCAGGAUAAGGUGGGCGACUUGUUCUUGCGCCUCGCGCGGUUGCGCAUGGACAUCCAGGCGCAGAAGGCGGACCUGUACCAAGUUACCCCGUGCAAAAGUAUCGUGGGUGCUCGGGCAAGUUAUUUUUGCAUGCCGGAACAAUGACAGACGUGGUUCCUGUACCUGAAGCUCCUGCGUGACAAUAAAUCUAUCUUUCUCUUUGUCAUGGAAUUUACACUAGUACUACGAUGCUUUUGAAAUGCAUACAGCACAUGGCGAAUUGGAUGACAGGGUACGUUAGGGCUCCGAAGGACGUCGAAGACGAAGAAUCUGCUUCCACCGGCGCGAGCUUUUUGCAGCAACAGACAAAGAAGAAUCCGCAUGAGGUAGAAGUUCCAGCGGUCCUGCACCAGGUUUCAACAACAUCUGCAGGACGAGGACCUCAACAUCCCCCUCCGCAUGUAGUGUCUGAAGAGCAAGAUCCUGCGGCGUCAUCAACAGCAGACGUAGUCCGCCGACCUGCAGGAGGGCGAGCCAGUGUAGUCGCCGCGAAUGAGAAUUCGUUCCUAGCCCUUGAAGAAAAAAAAAUGUUUUCCAGUAGUACAAAAACACCUGCUCAGAGUGCCGCGGACAAAGUGACACUGCUGAAAGCCACUUCCGCGAUUCUGAACGAUUGGAAUGCUGGGUUGGCACAGGAAACCGAGGACGGUCUGGGAAAAGUGGAGGGUCUGGUGGCAGAAGACAUCGAGAAGAUGGUCAACGGCGACGGAUUUUCCCUCGGCAUUUCCCCCAGAACCGAUAUCGAGCGGGACAUUCGGAAGUUUUCGCUGGAUGCGGGCGACUUACGGGAGUUGCGGCUGCUGUUCAUUUAUGGAUUGCAAAUAUGUCUGGGUCUGGAAAUUUGUAAUGCUAAAAGUGAAUGAUAAACGCACUGCAAUACGCAGCUAUGCAUGACAAUUUUUUUGGCUGCCAUGUCUUACGUAUUCCGCAUGGCAAACUGCGUUUUUGCAUGACAGGUAAGAGGGCCUUUUCGUGGCUAUGCAACACAGAUUCUCGAGUCAUGCCAGACAAGCAUGACAAACUUGCAUUCUUCCAGACCCAGACAUUUUUGCAUUUGAUAUCAUUCCCGUUUUGCAGUUCCUCACUGCAGCGUCGAUUCAGCACGGGUACGUGGAGCACCUGCAGCUCGAGAGAAGCCGGGGCGGCUUCCGAUAUGCAUUGCAAAUAUUUGGGAGGGCGUCUAGAGGAGCAAGAGUGACAGUUGUAUUUUUGCUAGAUCUGGAUCUUCACACAUGUAUUUGUUGCAUGAACUACGCCAAAAGUUAGUUGCCCACGACUUCUUGCUUACGCAAAGCGGGAACUAUUUCUCAUGCGAGAGAGGCAUGAAGAGCAAGAAGCUUUCGCGAAUAGAAGAUCUGUAAUUCUUUUGUGUGCAUUCCAGACCGUCUGUGUUGUAAUUCAAAAGAUGUACUAUGGCAAACAAAUGCUGCAGUGCCCCCCAGACAUCAUAUUUGCAGUUGAUAUCCCAGACUAUUUAAGGAACCUGGCGAAGUCCGGCGCCUCGGACAAAACAGAAUCGGGGGAGAAGGCGGAGGUUUUGUCCGAUUUGGAAAAGAAAAUCCAAACCAUUUAUCCGGGCUGCAACAGUGGAGACCAAGGAGGUGGCGAUACUGCUAGCACUGCCGCGCCUCCCGGCGCCACCCCGCCGGGGCAAGUGCCGAGAAAGCGGAAGCCGCCGUGUCUCGUCUAUCAAAAUGAAAAAUCCCCCCUCCCCAUAUCGAGCCGGAAAGUUCUGUUGCUGGAUUUGUGUACACAAAUUAGCUCUGUCUUGCAGUGGAGGACGGCAGGCCCAUAUCAUGCCAAUUUAGAGAGGUUUUGGCCUAGGCAAUUAGCAUGAGGGAUGUCUAUGCUGUAGGCCCAACAGCAUUACAAACCGCCUGCAUAAUGGGGCGGAGCAUAUGCCGUUGCUUUCUUGCAAGGCACACGCGAUUUGUGGUCACAAAUCAGCAUCACAAAUUCUCUGAGCCGCGGAGGCUUGCCUCCCCAGCGAUGCUGGACAAAGGCAAUGUCGGCGCGGUUGUUUUAGCAUCACAAGUUCUCUGAGGCGUGCCUUUUCGAUAUGGGGAAGGGGGAUUUUUCUUUACGAUAUCGUUGCGGGGGGAAACACGGAACUGCCGCUCCAGUUGAUGGAGUCCUACGCAAUGCAAAAGCAUAUCGUACUAGUACUACUUGCAUUAAAAAUUUUCUCAAGAACAAAAGUGCAAUUUUUCGUGCUAGCUCAGGUAGAGAGAUCGACCUGUAAUGCAGGACUGCGAUUUAGAUUUUCGUAUACGACGAGCGCGAUACUGCUUUUUCAGAUGAUAAAUUCUCCAAGGGCGACGCGGAAAUGCUCAAGGACCUCCUGCUAGAUGCCGCGAAGGCACGCAGCGUGGGUCCCUUACAGCAGGACCUGACGGGUAUUUUUCAGAACAUCGAGCGCGUGAGCCGGGAGGUGAAGGAAGUCUGGAAGUCCUCCGACCCGGUCAUCGCCCCGGAGUUUGUCAAGGCGACCGCGGAUAGCGCCCUGGAGCUGCGGGGCACGGCUUUGUACAAUUUGGACGACCUGGCGGCAGUGCAAACCAAGACCCAGGACCUGGUCGCCUGGUUCGACCGGGCGGAGGCGCUGACCCAGAAAAUGGUGGAUAUCAAAUGCAAAAAUGUCUUGGUCUGGAAGAUUCUGAGACUUGUGAUGCACGUCUUGCAUGAGCCAUGAUGUCUGUGAUGCACGCCCUAGCAUCACAGAUUUUUGAGGGCACCUGGAUGCUUAUUCCGCAUGACAAAUGCCCUAUCCUUGUAGCAAAAAUUAUACUCCUUUUGCUACUCAUGCAAUACAGAUUUUUUUGGAAUCCAAAUGCAGCAUCACAAGUUGCAUUCUUCCAGACCCAGACAUUUUUGCAAUCCAUAGUGCAAAAAGAGGCAAAAAUCGGGGGCGCUUCGGUGCUUGGGAUCUUCGGG